CACGGCAGGUGGCAGCGGAGGCGGAGAUGCUGGGGAACCGGAACCAGAUGAGCGGGAGUUGUUGUAUCAUAUUGGAGGGGAUGGGGCGGCGCGGGUGUUUGAGCGUGGGCAGUAGUGUCACGUUCGAGUUGAUGUGUGACUGACAAGAUAAUGUCACAAUACCCCUGCGCGGUUUGGAUGAAUUUCUGGCUUGGCUCCAUGACACGGGAAAAUAGACGUAGCAAUGACAUGAAGCCAGCUAAGCAAAGUGAAACCUGGGCCCCUAACGGAUGGUAUAUCGUAUCGGCAUGUAACGUUGAACAGGACACAGUGAGACAACGCCGUGCUCGCGCCACUCAUCCCCAGGAAAAACAUGAUCACAUUCACGUCGCAGCCAUGGCUCGGGGAAAAGAAGUUGUUCGUCGUUUUUUUGUUCGUGACGCAAUGCCAAUUUUUUGUCCUUUUUUUCGUUUUGGGAAAGGUAACUGGCUACCGUAUUGUGUAGUAGGUUCCGAGUUCCCGAGAACUCAGCGAUGCCGCAAAAUCCAUGGUAAACCAGUCCAAAUGCAGAAACACCCGUUUCCCCUUAAAGCCCUUGCUACCGUUUUUUUCGCCCGUCAACGUCGUCAAUAACAGUUAUCCGCGCGAAGUGUCGUCUAUUUCCCCGACUGCUUGUGCUUUGUUCGUCAUCCCCAGUUCACAUGUCGUCCUCUCCCAAAAAUUUACAGAGCCUGGUUGGUGGCAGGGCCCCUGGAGUUCUUGGGGACACCGGUCUGGAAGCCGUUCUUGAACUUGCGGGAGACGGUGCUGAGGUACCGCAUGCGGCCGGUACCGGUGGUCUUUCUGCGCUUGGCCUUCUCGGACCAGUUGUCUGU